ACAGGAAUACUGUACGACUUGCAGUUACUGUCAUACAGAAAUCGACAGCCUCAUCUGCUUAAAAAAAGUCCCCCGUCAGGCCUUCACCUGAUCCCGCCUCCGUCCUUGCCGGCCAGGGCACGCGGUGUCUGGGAUGGGCGGGCUGGAGGGUUUGGAGGGUUUGCUGCACACGUUUUUCAAUGGCUGCAACGGGAAUCCCGCCCUCCAGAGGGACAUCGAAAGGGAGCUUCAGGGCAUUAAAGAUAAGCCUGAAGCCAUGGAUGAAGCACGGCAUUACCUUGAGUCCUCGUCCAGUCCUUAUUUACAGUGGUUUGCAGCCACCGUUUUAGACGACGCAGUGACGCGAAAAUGGCACAGGCUGAACUCAAACACCCGCGAGCAACUACGCAUUUUCAUUUUGGAGCUCUUGAUGUUAAAGAGACCGGGACAUGCUCAUCUAGAACCAUUCGUGACCAACAAAUUGCAGCAAGUACUGAUAAAUAUAGGGAAGCAGGUAGAGGGAUGGCCGCAGGCGUACCCCACCUUCAUGAGCGAUAUCAUUGCGCUCUCUAGUUCCCCUUUGACCUAUCCCACUGGCCUGGGGCUUUUGUGUAUGUGCAGUUCUGAAUUCCUGCGGGAGGACUUGGCCUUGCCGUCGUCUCGGAUAGCAGAACUGCAAAGUUUGUUCGCACGAGAACUUCCUGCAGUCGUCGAAAUGCUCACCUCUCUUCUGGCGCACGCACACAAGCCUUCCGCUCGAUCCGAAAACGCUGUCCAGCAAGCGGUGCUGGCCACGGCUGCCUUGCGGUGUCUGGGCACUCUGGUGGAGUGGCCAUCUAUGGCAUCGUGCUUGACUCCCGGUCUCUGCGCCAGUGUCUUUGACCUGGUGCUCGACGCCGUCCGUCCAGGACAUGGGCCCGACAUGCAACCGUGCGGUGUGGCUGCGGUAGGAGUGAUGACGGAGCUUUUGAACAAGCGGUGCCUGCCCCCGCAUUUAGAGGCCUUUGUGUUGCAGGUGGCCACUCAGAUGUGCGUGGUGCUGGACAGCGUCUGCGCCUUGACCAAAGCCAAUGGGGGGGACGACGAUGGAGGUGUAGAAGGGGCAGAUGAAGAGCUCCUGCUGGGUUUCCUGGAGUUCCUGUGCGUCUUUUUGGAGCAACACUUGGGUCGGAUCCUCCUCCUCCCCACCUUCCCAUUUGCAGACUUCUGCACCCUACUCGCCACUUUCACGUUCCGGCAACUCCCUGACGCCCGUCUCCUUCGCCGCGCUUUCCUCCCCUGGACAACUCUAUUAGAGCACCUGACUGAGUCGGAGGCGGGGCUGGCCACCCUUCCGGGAAGCCUGCCCCUCUUGUCCAGCGUGGGGAUCGAGCUGCUUUCGAAACUCUUGUUCUCCAGUAAUGCCCAUGCCAUGGCUCAACUUGAGGACGAAGAGGAGGACAGGGUGCGUGUGCAUGAGGUGCACGGGAUGGAAAAGAUGGUUGAUGGCGAGGAGUGGAUGCCGCUGGGCUCCUGGGAGGACGGUGGCCUCGCGCGGGAUGCAGGGGUCGAGGGAGAGGGCGCCUGUCUGGGGGAGGAGAAGAGCGAGCGGCAAGAGGUGGUGGACGAAGGGGUGCUCUUACUCCAAUCCUUCGCCCGCCUCCCCGGCUGCUCCCAGGACCUUGCAGGCCUCGUGGGGUCGCGCCUUGAGACGGUUUGGGGGGCUCUAACUGAUAAGGAGCCCUAUGACCACGCGCAGGCGGAUGCGUGCACCCUCCUGUCCUUGGCCGGAGUUGUCGCCUCUGUUUGCCCUACCGACCCCUUUUGGCGCUUCCUUCGGCUCGUUCUCGCCAUGGCCCAGUGCAUGAAUCAGGAGGAGGGCAAUACCCGCUCUCCCGCCUUUGCGCGGCUCCAUCGAGCAACAUUUCGCGCCCUCUUUCACCUGACUCGGGGCUUGAUGCCCGCGGCACCGCCUGCCACACCCUCCACACCUCUUCCUGCGUUGGAGCACGUGGUGGACGAG